UUAAUAUUUUGUUUUCAAAAUUGCAACAUGUGUUAAUUUCGAAAUGUUUGAUUAAUUUUGGACAAAUUGUUUUUGUUUCUAAUAUGGAUAUUGAUGGGGAUCUCGAUGCAGGAUUGCUGCAACAAUUCAGCUGUCUUGGUACAACUGAUAGAGAUGUUCUUAUAUCGCAAUUUCAGAAGCUAUUAGGAAAUCAGUUAAAUACUGCAGGAUGUCAUUUUUUCCUGGAUAUGAACAAUUGGAACUUACAAGCUGCUGUAUGUGCAUACUUUGAUUUUGAUUCUUCAAAUUAUAAUGUGCCCAGGAUGUCAUUUGUCAGAGAUGUUACCAUUGGGGAAGGUGAAGCAGUUCCACCAAAUAUGAAAUUUGUUAAAACCUGGCAAAUCCAAAAUCCAAGUGAUGAUCGUUGGCCUCCUGGAUGUUGCUUACGCUUCACUGCAGGAGAUCGCAUGGGACAUGUAGAUAGAGUUUUAGUUGAUGCCCUUGAACCUCAUGAAAUGACUGAUGUUUCAGUUGAAAUGAUUAGUCCUUGUGCAUCUGGUAUGUACCAGGGCCAGUGGAGGAUGAGUACAGCAACUGGGCAGUUUUUUGGAGAAGUGAUAUGGGUGAUUGUGUCAGUAGCUGAAGGUGGAUUGCUGAGCUUAACUCAACAGAUGGAUGCGUUUCAUCAGCUUGGAUCACCACCAAAAUCAUCUAAUAUGCCCACAAAUCCAUUUGCUUCAUCUAGUUGUAAGAUUGAUGGAUCAUCUUCUGACACAGUAUCAUCAGUUCAUUCUCAAGAGGGUAUCUCAUGGUCACAUGAGGCGGUUCAUUCUCAUGUAGCCCCAAUGUGUGAAGAGAACUCACUACCCCAAGCAGAAUGUUCAUGUGAAAUGCCCGAUAAACAAAAUCUUGACCAGUGUUCUCUGAAGCCACAGUUCCUCCUUUCACCAAAUGUCACAGAAAUUUUGUUAAAAAAUGAGUCAUCGUGUGAAGAAAUGAUUCCAUGAAGUGUUA